AUGGCUACUGAUAGCGCCGACGACAUUAAUGUCGGCGUUGCCCUCAGUACAGCUCUUCUUCUCCCAGGUGAUCUGGAAAAGAAUACUGGAAUGAGUGAGUAUGAAAAUUACGCUUUCAUGCUUCAACACUGUGUUCAAGCUGUUCAGCAUGCCCACUCCUUCUCCAUGCAAUCUUUUGAGAACAGGGAGAAGUUAACUGACUUGCAGAAGGAGUAUUCUGCCCUCCAGAAGAUCAAUAAGGGUCUUCAAGCAAAAAAGAAGAAAUUGGAAGACCAGGCCGAGGCUGCCACUAAAGCCCAAACUUUGGCCGAAGAAAAGGCCGAGGCUGCUGAAGCUAUAAAGAAAGUAGCUAAAGCGCAGAAAAAUGAAGCCGAGGAAAAGGCGACCCAAGCCGAGAAGGAACUUCAGGAGGCCUUGGCCACGAAAAAGGCUGAAACCAAAGAAGCUGAUGAAAAGGCUUAUGCGCAGGGCAUGGCCGACGUACUGAGGAGUACAAGUUUCAAACUUGAUCUCCCUGCUGACUCGCCUUUCCGUAAUGCCGACGCUAUUCCUCUCCCAUUUCCUACUCCUCCACCAAGUCAAGCCGAAGAAGAAUCUGGGUCUGAGCCUGAGGAUGAAGAUGAUCAUGAUGCUGAGGCUUUGAUGAAGAAAGCCAAGGAUGAUGCUGGGGUCAGGUCUCCUUCUCGAAUUGAGCCCAUCCUGGACUUAACCCAGGAUGAGGAGGUUGAGGAGGUACCCAAGGAAGUUGAUAUUGGGACGUUAUCUUCCGACCUCCUUCUGGCUGAAAGGAGUCUUACUAAAACACUUACUGAAAUCGAUGCCGAGCUGGCUGCAGAAAAGGCUGCCGAAGUAGUUCCUCAGGAACCUGCCGAGGUAUUUCUUCAAGAAUCGGACGAGGUCCAGACCCAAAUCCUUUCUGAAGCCGAAAAGUCAUAA